CAUCUUCGCUCAUUUCUCGAAACACAGAAUCCCAUCCACUGGAUUAAGUCUGGAGAAAGAGAAAUCAUAUCGCUGAAGGUGUAAUAUUAAUGAGAGUAUGUCUGUGCAGCUAAAUUCAAGAUAAUUGCAACGAUGUGUUUUGGAGACACUGUGGAGGGCAAGGUUGAAUUUUGAAAAGGCCGGUUAAACUCUGCGCCUGGACCGACCAAUCGGAAGUUAGAGAAGGAAACGUGCGCGUGAAUGGGAUGGACAGUAAGGGAGGCUCUCUUCCCCUAAUGCCUGAGCCCCGAAGCCCCAUCAGCAUGAAGCAGCCAUCUGAUUCGCUGGCUGGUGGACGCAAGGGGAGGGGUGAGGUGGGCACAGACGCCACCCUCAUCAUGGACAAGGGCUCCACCCAGCUGGCUGCCACGCCCCAAGAUGGUGUCCUGCCCAAGAUGCAGAAUGGCCUCGGCCACAGCCUAGAGAAACUGAAGGACCUCACAUCGCGUGUGCUCAACAACGGAGAGCAGCCCAAGCAUGGCACACCCACUGCUGCCGCCGCCACGGAAUCCCCCGUCAAAGGUGCCGAGCCCGCCCCUCAGAACUCCGCCCCUACCCAGGAUAUCAAGCUGAAGUUUCCCAAACGGGCACCGGCGGCUGCCAACGGCAACAAGCCCGUGCCCAAUAGUAGGUGUGACUCCACCUGCUUCACCGAAGACGGGGAGCAUCCCGAGCCCACCGUUACGAUGCCAGAGAUGAUUCUGGGAACCCCAAGUACUAGGAGGAAGAGGAAGGGCCGUCCAGUGAAAAAGAGGCCGCCUCCGAGCGCUCAGAAACCCCUCCCAGUCCGAGUGUCACUCGACAAGGGCGUUUCACAGUCAGCCGACCCAGCUACAACCUCAACCAAUCAUGUCACAGAAUCUAAAACCCUCACCACUAAGUCGAUCACUACCUUUGCCUCCAUUGACCAAUCAUGCAACGCUGUGAACUGUAUCCCGAGAGUUGAGAGAGAGCGGUAUUUGAGCAGCCCAGAUGGAACGAUCCACGAGCAAUUUUCUGUGGGGGAUGUGGUGUGGACCAAAAUGUUGGGGUACCCCUGGUGGCCCUGCAUGGUUACCACGGAUCCCCAGUUCAACCAACACGUCAAGCAGAAUGCCUUGAACAGUUUCCUGUACCACGUGCAGUACUUCAGUGAGGCUUCAGAGAGAGGCUAUGUUUUUGAGAAAUGCAUGGUGCCGUUCCGUGAUGGCCAACAGUACCAGGAGCUCACCCUUGAGCAGCCUCCUCAGCCUGACCGUAAGAAGCUAGCCCCAUCUGCUGUGCCCCGGAGGCUCCGGCCACAGUGGCUUCUGGGAAUCUCCCAGGCCACUGAGGCCAUGGGCAUGGGCCUGGAGGACCGCAUCGCCAAGUUCACCCUGAGCUUCGUGCACGGCGCUCCACCGGGUCCACGCAGCCCCUUUCCCUAUACCCAAGUCCAGCAGGCACCAGAGCCAGCCCAGGACUGCCACCACCUCCCCUGCCAGUCAGAGCCAGACCAGGGCGCGCCCUCUGAGAGCAGGGUCCUGAUGACCCCAGUGAAAGUUGAAGAGGAGGCCCCCAGUCACGUCACCUGCCGAAGGCCAGCACGAAUCGGCUACGUGUUGCCCCUGUGCACCAGCACCCCCACUGAGCGAGCACACACUCAGCAGCAGCAGCAGCAGCAGCUUGAGGCACACACACCACCCUCCUUGGCACUCGCAUACAGCAACAUGCCCAGCGCCCACUCCAAAGACAGCAACACUUCAGUGCCCAAGAAAGCCCCCGGCAGGAAGGCCCCAAGGGUUACAAAGGUUACCAAGGAGACCAAGGUCACGAAGGGGGCAAAGGUCAGCACAGAGGGCACUGAAGGUCAGGUGACCAGCUCACCUGUGAGGAGGAGGAGAAGAAAGGUGCUAAGCCUCCCUGAAGUGGCCACACACACACCGGCUCAGGAGACCACCACUGCUGCUUCCAACCUCGAACCUCUGAAAACUGAACCGCCAAAACCUCCACAGAGACGCAAGAGAGUCAAAGCCACUGCGACCACAGACCUGAAAGUACUGGAACAGCCUGCUGCUCAGGAGCCCCUCCCUGCAGACCUCAUCAGCCCCACUCCGGUGAGGAAGAGGCAAACCAAACCCAAGCCCAAACCGCCGCCCAAAGCCAGCACCCCCAAGAAGAGAGGGAGGCCCAUCUUCUCUGCAGUUAAACCUUUCCCCCAGGAUCCCGAUAGCCAAGAGGCGACAGCGGAUGCAGCCCAAAAGGUCCCCAAGACUUCAAGGACGAAGAGCCAACCAGCUCCGAGCAAAGCGAAGACGGACCCCAAAGGAAAGAAGAACUUGAAGCGAGAGCCGGAGGAGAAAUGCGGGGGAGGUGAAGAACAGACCAAAAAGCGGAUCAAGCUGGACGUUUUCACACCCAAAGUGAAGACUCCAAAGGGUAAGUCGGCAGAACCCGCCACCACUGUGAGCAGGAGGAAGAAACAGACCACUGACACGGAGCUGAAGGCAGAGAGCAGUGGAACAGAGGUGAAGAAGAGGCGGCGCAAGGGAGCAGAGGAGAACACCGCCAUCCCAACGAAAGGGAAGAAAAGAUCAUCAGGGAUGCUCCAAGCUCAGGUCAUAGAGGAGGAAGCUCCAGGCACGCUUAAGGCCCCCAGGAAGAGAAAAGCACCCAGCAGCCAAUCAGCUGCUGCCACUCCCAAAAAGAGGAACCUCAAGCCCCACCCUGAACCUGAGGCCUCUAUGUGUGAGGAGAGGCCUGAGUCUCCAAGUGACAGCACAGAUGAGACCCAAGCUGCCAAGAAAAGCACUAAGAAGGAGAGUGUGUGUCAGGUGUGUGAGCACACUGGUGAGGAGCUGCUGGUGUGUGAGGGGGUGUGUUGUAGCUCGUUCCAUGCGGAGUGUCUGGGACGGCUACACACAGCAGAUGAGAAAGUGCUGUGUGUUCCGUGCAGCUCAGGCACACAAGUGUGUUUCUGCUGUAAGCAGUCAGAAGGGGAGGUCCGGCGCUGCAGCGUUCUCCACUGCGGUCGGUUUUACCACGAGGAGUGUCUCCGGCCCAGCCCGCUCACUGUGUUCGAGAACCGAGGGUUCCGUUGCCCACUACACACGUGCCUUUCCUGCCACUACAGCGGCAAGGCCAAAGCCAUAGCCACUAAAGGAAAGAUGAUGCGUUGUCUGCGCUGCCCCGUGUCCUAUCACACGGGAGACCAGUGCGUUGCUGCGGGCAGCGAGAUGCUGACUCCCACUGCAAUGAUCUGCAGCGCUCAUUUCACACCCAAGAAGGGCCGCAGCCAUCACAGCCACGUUAACGUCAGCUGGUGCUUCGUCUGCUCCAAAGGCGGCAGUCUGCUUUGCUGCGAGUCGUGCCCGGCAGCAUUCCACCCCGACUGCCUCAACAUUGCCAUGCCCGACGGCAGCUGGUUCUGCAACGACUGCCGCAACGGCAAGCGGCCCAAAUACCACGACAUCAUCUGGGUUAAGCUGGGCAUCUACAGGUGGUGGCCGGCAGAGAUCCGCCACCCACGGAACAUCCCCACCAACAUCCAGCACUUGCGGCACGAGAUUGGCGAGUUCCCCGUCUUCUUCUUCGGUUCUAAGGACUACUUCUGGACCCACCAGGGCCGCGUGUUCCCUUACGUGGAGGGUGACCGUGGCAGCAAGUGCCAGCAGACCAACAUCGGCAAGGUCUUCAAGAACGCCCUUCUGGAGGCUGAGGUCCGCUUCAAGCAGGUGAAACAGGAGCGCGAGACAAAAGAGGCUCAGGAGAAAAACAAGAAGCCACCGCCCUAUAAAUACAUCAAGAUCAAUAAGCCGUGCGGGCGGGUGCAGAUCUACACGGCGGACGUGUCGGAGAUCCCCAAGUGCAACUGCAAGCCCACGGACGAGCGUCCAUGCAGCUUCGAGUCGGAGUGCCUGAACCGCAUGUUGCUCUACGAGUGCCACCCGCAGGUGUGCCCGGCUGCGGAGCGCUGCCAAAACCAGGACUUCACCAAGCGGCAGUACCCCGACACCAAGAUCAUCCGCGCCGCCGGCAAGGGCUGGGGCCUGCUCACCCUGCGUGACAUCAAGAAGGGGCAGUUUGUGAACGAGUACAUUGGCGAGCUAAUCGAUGAGGAGGAAUGCCGCACCCGCAUCAGAUACGCCCAGGAGAAUGACAUAUCUGACUUCUACAUGCUCACCAUUGAUAAGGACCGGAUAAUAGAUGCCGGACCCAAAGGCAACUAUUCGCGCUUCAUGAACCACAGCUGCCAGCCCAAUUGCGAGACCCAGAAGUGGACGGUCAAUGGAGACACACGUGUCGGUCUCUUUGCCAUCUGCGAAAUCCCAGCUGGCACAGAGCUGACCUUCAACUAUAAUCUCGAUUGCCUUGGCAACGAAAAGACAGUGUGUCGCUGUGGAGCACCGAAUUGCAGCGGUUUCCUUGGAGACCGGCCCAAGAAUGGCCAGGCGUCGGAGCCCAAACCCAAGUCAACGAAGAAGAAGGCCAAACGGCGGAAGAGUCGGAGCGAGGGGAAGAAGCAGUCGGAGGACGAGUGCUUCCGCUGCGGAGACGGAGGAGAACUCGUGCUGUGCGACCGCAAGGGCUGCACCAAGGCCUACCACUUGUCCUGCCUGGACCGCACCAAGAGGCCCUUUGGUCGUUGGGACUGCCCAUGGCACCACUGUGAUGUGUGCGGUAAGAACUCGGAGGCCUUCUGCCAGCUGUGUCCCAACUCCUUCUGCAAGGCCCACCAGGAGGGGGCGCUGCAGCCCUGCCCCACCACAGGAAAACUCUGCUGCCAGGAGCACGAGGAGUCGGAGCCACUGGCCCCAUCUGAGCCCCAGCAGGGCCAUGCUGCCUCCUCUGAACUGCCCAUAACCCCUUUUCCUACCCUGGCCCCAGCCGAACCUCUGCUCCAGAAACCCUCAAAAGCAGGUGCCAAGAGAGCGCCCAGAUCAGCACCCAAGAAGGCCCUCAAAAAGAAUAACUCUGAAAAGUCAGUAGAGGUUUAAAGAGACAGUGGACUGCAGAUAUUGACCCCUCUCCCCCACUCAGCCUAACAUUCCCAUUCCCUGACUUAAAAGUCCACUUUCAGACAGAUUGUUUUGUUAUAUUUUGUGAUUUUUUUAUGUACAUUUCUUUUAAAGUGUAAAUUAAUAUCAAAGCAAUCUUCCCACUUCAUCAGUAACCUUACGUACAAUAGUCAUGUCGGUUGGUUAUAUAGCCAAGAAAAUUUAUAUUAGAGACUUAAGACUUAGUUGUACUGCAGUUAUUUGAAAUAAAGACAUGUAUCGUGUAACAGUAGUGUGUCUUUAUUUAUCUAAUGGGUGUUUGAGCCCUUAAUGUUUGUCCACACGCCUUCCUUUUCCUUUUCAGGCUAACGUUACUGCAUAGCGAACUAUUCAUUUCAGCGGUAGAUUAGACAUGCAAAUGUGAAAUCACACCGUGACAAAUAUUUUGCGUGAAUCAUUAAGAAUCGUUCAUGAAUAGUUUUAAAUAAUUCUUCCCAGAUAUCGUUUUCACUAUCAAGUAGGGUGUGCUAUAAAUAAGCACAAGUUAAAGAAAAAGGCAUUGGUAUCUAAUAGAAUGCAGUUAAUGGGCAAUUACGUUUCGUAGUUGCACAAAGAUAAACACAUUGGACAUGGCUAUCCUUGAGCAU